GAGAAUUUAUUUUACCAAAAGGUGCGGAUAUUAUUAUAUCAAUUAUACGAAUGCACCGGAAUGAAAAAUAUUGGCCGAAUCCAUUGAUGUUUAAUCCGGAUAGAUUUCUUCAAGAAAAAACAAAUUCUAUACCAUAUUACAUACCUUUUAGUGAUGGACCAAGAAAUUGCAUAGGUUUGAAAUACGGAAUGAUGUCUAUGAAGGUUAUUUUAGCAACGCUGAUAAGAACGUUCGUAUUUAAAAUAAAACAAAGCAUUGAGAUAGACAAAAUCAAAUUAAAUUCGGACAUAGUAUUAUAUAUUGAUGAUCCUAUAAAGAUUAAAAUUGAAAAACGA